AUGGAGCUCGCCCGCCGUCCUCGCCUCUUCCCCUUCAUCCUCUUCCUCCUCGCCUCAGCGCCCACAGGUGAGCCGGAAUGACCAGUCCCUCACCCUUCUCCGCUAUCCUAAGUUCUCGACUGGUGUUGAUUAUCCAUGUCUUGCAGCGACAGGGGGGGUCAUCGGGGUGGACUACGGCCGAGUGGCAAACAACCUGCCGCCGCCGAGCAAGGUGGUGGAGCUUCUCAAGGCCGACGGCAUCACAGCCGUUAGCAUCUACGACACCGAUGGCGAGGUCCUCCGUGCCCUCGCCGGAUCCGGUAUUAGGGUCUCUGUGGCGCUCCCCAACGAUAAGCUCUCCGGCGCCACCAACCCCAACGUGGCCGGCACCUGGGUAUGGGAGAACAUAGCCAGGUACUACCCUGCCACCCAGAUCGAGGCAAUCUCCAUCGGUAACGAGGUCUUCCACCAGCGGCCCGACCUCACCUACGCGAUCAUCCCGGCAAUGUGGAACGUCUAUAAUGCCCUGAACAACCUCGGGCUGGCCGGCGCCAUCAAGGUCUCCUCCCCCGUCGCCUUCACCGCCUUCGACAAGUCCUUCCCGCCGUCUGAGGGCAGCUUCCGGGGCGAUCUCCAGCCGGUCGUACGGCAGAUGCUGGACUUCAUCCGCCGCACCGAUUCCUUCUUCAUGAUCAAUCUGUACCCCUACAUCACCUACAUGGAGAACCCCGGCAUCGACCUCAACUACGCCCUCGGCCUGCCGAACAACGGCGUCCGAGACCCCCGCACUGGCCUUAUUUACUACAGCCUCCUCGACGCGCAGCUAGACGCCGUGUAUUCCGGCAUGGCCGCGCUCGGCUUCGGAGACCACCUCGGCAACUCUACGGCUAGAGCCCUUGGCGCAGCAGGCAAGAAGUUGGUCAUCCAAGAGACCGGGCACCCCACUCGACUCAAGUGGCCGCUGAGCAUUAUCCAGAGCUCUCCAGAGGGCAGAAGGAGAUCCGGCAUGGAAGAGGCAUCCCUCAGUAGAGAGAGGGGCCCGAGCGCGGAAAACGCUCAGGCGUACAACGGGAACCUGAUAGAGAGAAUCCUCGCCGGGAGGACGGGGACGCCGCUGCACCCCGACGCUGACAUGGACAUCUACAUAUUCUCUCUCUUCAACGAGAACCUCAAGGAGGGACCGGAGGUAGAGAGGAACUUCGGGAUCUUCUACCCGGACGGGACGAAGGUCUACGACAUCGACUUCCGCCCCAGCGGAGGUGGGGGCUCGUGGUGCGUAGCCAACGUGGCGGCGGGGAGCCAGAAGCUGCAGGCGGCGUUGGACUGGGCGUGCGGUGCUGGCGGCGCGGACUGCGGGCCCUUGCAGCUUGGAGGGCGGUGCUUUGAGCCCAACACACUGGAGGCUCACGCCUCCUACGCCAUGAACAGCUACUACCAGCAGCACGGCCGCGACGCCGGCGCUUGUGACUUCAACGGUGCAGCCCGCGUCGUCUACCAGCGCCCAAGUGAGUCCCUAAUUACGCUAAAUAAUUAGUCAUUAUCUGCAUUGCAAUGGUAGUAGGCGAGCGCCAGGUGGCAGGGGCAUCGUGUCCAGUUCGACCAACCGAAUAAUUUGGAGAAUUCGGACCGGUUCUUCUCUCGAUAGGACUCGUAUCGGGCUCCGCCUUCUCCUACAUGGCCUAAUCUGACUCUCCCUUUGUAUAUGCGUCACAGAUAUAUAGCGACAGAGAGACAGGAAACAAAUGGGCACUACAGAAACUGUGGUAUCUGGGCCUAGCUGGUUUUUUUGUUUCAUUGAACCUGAUUUUGAAGUCCAAUCUCAGAAAAAAAAUCAACUGAAAACCUGAAAAUAUUAAAAUAUCUUCUCAAAUUUUUAAGCAUAUAUUUUCUAUAGAAGUACUUCUAAAAAUCUUUUUUCAUGAAUAAUACAUUUCAGGGUAUGGCAAUUGCGAGUUCUAG